GUGUGUGUGUGUGUGUGUGUGUGUGUGUGUGUGUGUGUGCGCGCAUGUUUGUGUAAAUAUUUUCUCAGCACUUGUGGAACCUGUCUGUCUACUUUCUGUGUGUGUGUGUGUGUGUGUGUGUGUGUGUGUGUGUGUUUGAGUGUGAGUGUGUUUGAGAGAACGAGAGAGAGAGAGAGAGAAGGAGAGCAAAAAGUACUCAGAAAGGCAGGAGAAAUUUUUCACACCUGACGUGGACUUGAUGUGGACUAAAACGGAGUGGGUGAAGGAGUGUGUGUGUGUGUGUGUGUGUGUGUGUGUGUGUGAGAGAGAAAGCAUGAAUUUGUGACUGUGAGGACAUCCGAGAUGAUCAUUGUGAGUGUGUGUUAAAGAGAGAAGGACAGAGAGUGGAAGAGAAGAAGAGAAGUCGUCUCAUGGAGAGGCUCCUCACUGGCUAUGGGGGGAUGUCAGAGUUUUAUUGGCUCUGGGGACGAGGCCUCACACACUCUGACUACGGAGAACCACCGAGACAUCAACACUCUGAAACUGAAGAACAAUAACAUUCAGAAGGUUCCAUCACUGCAUGAGAAAGUGUACCAGCAGGAUCACUUCCUGACAGAACGCAUUUCAGAUGUGGACCUGCUCACAAUGUCCGCUUUACCACACGGCCUGGACCAGCACGAGUGGAUGGCCUUUAAUGCUAUCUCAUUCUUUAAGAAUAUUAAUCUCAUCUCGAGCGCUCUGUCUGAAUUCUGCACCUCCACCAGCUGCCCCAUGGCUACAGGGCCUGGAAACAAGGUAUAUGAAUGGACAGAUGAACAUGGGAAGAGGAUGAAGUGUUCAGCUCCUCUUUACACAGACUAUGCCAUGUCUUACAUCCAAGAACUUCUCACAGAUGAAAACGUUUUUCCCACCAGGGCAGGUGUAAAAUUCCCGAACGGAUUCAUGUUUUUGGUACAGAAGGUGUUCUUGCUGCUCUUUAGGACUUUGUCUCACCUGUACAGCGCUCACUACAGAGACGCUGUGGCUGUGGACCUCCACCCACACCUCAACACUCCUCACACACUUCAUCACCUUCAGCCACACCUUCAGACUGCUGGAGGCCUCGGAGACUGCGCCGCUUGAUGACCUCAUCAACACUCUUACACACUACCACACACACCCACAAACACACACACAGAGUGAUGCUGUAAGCAGUAUUGAUUGAAUUAGAAGUUUCCUUGUAGACGAGUGAGUGUUAAACACGCACGAUAACAAUCACACACACACACACACACACACACACACACACACACACACUGAGUCACUAGCCAAGCGAGGGAGGGACAACAGGACAGUGUGGCACGGUUGUGUGUGUGUAAGGUUCAGAUCAGCCUCUUUUCUUUACUCUAGGGUGCAUGGUAAAUAUUAAAGGACUGCAAACACACACACACACACACACACACACACACACACACACACACCUACACCUAUGGACCAUAAAAUCAGCUUACAUACGAUAUCUGGUCUGACCUGUUUGAAAGAAUAAGAUCUGUUAACAUGCACACACACAAACACACACACACACACACACACACACACACACACACACACACACACACACACACACACACACACUACCUUUAUCUCAUAUAAUGCACAUAUGUAUUUAUAACAUAUAAGACCCUGUGUUUGUUUCACGUCUCUGCGCAUAGACGUUGACAACCUUUUUUUAUUUAAUUUUUAUCCAGUUAGAAUUGCUAAAUAUGUAAAUAUUCACAUAUUUCUUAAAAAAAUUAUUUUAUCCGCUCAAUUAAACCAAAUAAAGUUCCAAGACACAGCAAAGAUCUCAGUGAAUUAUUAUUUUUUAUAUUGUUAAAUAAUUCACUUCUCACUUCGCUGCUGUCUGGGAAUUUUACAUCAUGUCAUCAUUAUAUACAUUUUCUUUAUGUACACACACACACACACACACACACACACACACACACACACACACACACACACACACACACACAGUUCAUCCUCAGGAUAUGAUGAUAAACCUGUCUGAAUAUAUUGGUCAUGAAAUUAACAAUCUUUUAAAACUCAAAAAAAAAGUCAUUACUUUUGAAUUUUAAUGUUUUCUAAGCAAUACAUUUUUUUAUUAAUUAUCUAACAAAGAAAUUAUAAUAAAUAUAAAAUUUAAAUGAUAAAAUUAUAAUAAAAAGGUUAUUUGUUGAAAAUAAGCUCGUGUCAGCAGGUGCUGCUUUAAAAACUUUUCUAAAUUUAAGAAAUUAAUCUUUAUUAAGAGCCCUAUCUAUUAUUGAGAAUAAAAUAAAAUCUUAAUAAUAUAAACAUUUUAAACAGAAAUAUUGUCCUUCAAUUUUCAUGAGGUUGGUGUUCAAUUUGAUUUUUAUGUUGAAAAUGGUGGAUUAGUGCUAGCUUGGUCAAAGUUCAGAGUAUUUAAUUUCUAAAUAUAUAUAAUUUAUAAAUAUUCUGAAUAUAUAUUUUAUUGAUGCUUAGAGAAAUCACAUAAAAGAUGAAAAAACCAAACAAUUACAAUAAUUCUGAAUUUGUUCUCUAAAGAAAAUCAGCAAAUUCUGAGAAUAAAUUUUAUAUUUAAAAACAAAUAAAACACAUAAAACACUUUCUGCUCUCAUUCCUGCCAUUUAAUUUCAAACAUUAACACUUUAUCUGAAAUUCUUCAAUAUUACACAAGAAUUUCUCUCAGUGUUGAUUUCUGGACUGAAGCAAUGUGUAUAUCAAUAUAUAUUUGUAUUAUUUUAAGCUUUUCCAAGAAAUGUAUUUCUUUAAACAUAAGAAUAUUAUCUCUAUUAUUGUUGAAUUAAAUCUGUAAAUGUGUAAAAUUCGAUUUGCAGCCUCUUUUCUAUAAAUAUUUCACUUCGUUGGGGAAAAUCACCAUCAGAGUAUUUGCGGUUUGUAGUUUUGUAAUUCAGCUGUUAUGCGGAAAAGUUGUGCUUUAAUAUAAAAACAAACACUAAAUUAUAAAAUUUACAGCGAAUAAUCUGAGCAGAGAAAUCACUACCCCGUUUUAUCCAGCAGGGAGCAGUCACUACCCCUUUUUAUCCAGCAGGGAGCAGUGUAGUGCAUCACACACCAAUCAGGAAAGAAAUACAACUGCAGACUCUGAGCUGCUGAUGAGAAGAUCUUCUGGUUCUGGAGGUGAUGAAGUUCAGAGAUUUUAGUACAAAUAAUCAGAUCUUAGUGCUGUACAACACAGUGUAAUCAGAUAUGAAUUAUUGUUUUUAUUUAAAGCUCUGUCAUUUCACUGUCUGAUCCAACUUUCUGACAUGAUUUUUGACUUGACAACUGUCUAAUCACACUGCUGUUCCAACUGUCUAUUCCAACUGUCUGAUCUUACUGUACGAUUCCACUGUCUGAUCCAACUUUGUGAUUUCACUUCCUGAUCCCACUGUGAUCUCACUGUCCAAUGCAAUUGUCUAAGCCAACUUUCUGAAAUAUGACUUUCCGAUCCAAUUGUCUGAUCUAAAUGACUGAUCCUACUACGAUCUCACUUUAUGAUCCUACUGUCUUUUCCAACUGUCUGAUCCCACUGUCUGAUAUAACUAUCCAAUCCAACUGUCUGGUCCAAAUAACUGAUUCCACUGUCUGAUCUCACUGUCUUUAUCUCUAAUGGGUGAGUCAGUGAUGUUUACUGAUGGAUACUGGAGUGUAAAACUGUUCGUGGUGAUUGUACUCAUGAGCUAGUGUAGAAAACUGUUGCUAUUAAUUAUGGUCCAGAUCGAUCUUCGUUGUUCUUAAGGGCUUGUGUCAUUUUUUCCACCUUGGAGCAUGGGGCAUCAUGAUCCCUGCCCUGAUGGACCAUGUUAGUGUUUAUUUGCUGCAGUUCUUAUUAUUCACCACUGUGAGGAGCUGUAGCGCAAUUAUGCAACGUCCAGAAACGUGAAUAAAUCAGUUUAAAACGUGA